CGGCGGCGGCGACGGUCCCCGCCGAGGCCCGGGCCGGUUCGCCGCCGGCCGGCCGCCAUGGACAAGAUCCUGGAGGGGCUGGUGAGCUCGUCCCACCCGCUGCCGCUGAAGCGCGUCAUCGUGCGGCGGGUGGUGGAGCUGGCCGAGACGCCGCUGAGCCAGGCGCAGUGCCGAGCCAUGUUCGCGCUCGGCACCCGGCUGGUGCUGCAGGGCCCCGACGCCUUCCAGCGGCAGGUGGGCCGCCAGGUGCUGGAGGCUUACGGCCGCUACCACCGCACCGAGUUCGAGGCCUUUUUCGACAAGGGGCUGGUCCUCGGCCUCCUGCAGCGCGGCUACGGCGAGCUGAGCUGUCGCGACCCGGCCAUCCUGGACUACAUCCAGGCGGGGCUGCGGCUCAUCAUGAGCUGCCCGUCGGUGCUGGAGCUCUUCGAGCUGCUGCAGGUGGAAGCGCUGCGGAUGGUGUGUGAGCGGCCCGCGCCGCCGCUCUGCGCUCGGCUCUGCCAGCUGCUGGGCGACUUCCCGCAGUGCCUGCCCCGCGGCAGGAAGCUCUCGCUCGCCUUCUGCCAGCAGCUGGUGCGCAGCAUCGCCCACUUCCAGAGCCAGGGCAACUGCGAGGCCGAGCUGCGCCUCUACGUCUCGCAGGUGACGCAGGUCAGCGGGCUGCUGCGCAGCGUCUGGAAGGCCGAGCCCGACACGCUGCUGCCCUCCCUGCAGGAGCUCUUCGCCGUCAUCGCCGCCGCCGAUACUUCAUUUGAACCCUCUGUCGCGCUGGCAAGUCUUGUGCAGCAUAUACCUUUACAGAUGAUUACAGUACUCAUCAUGAGCCUUACUACAGACCCAAAUGUGAAAGAUGCGAGUAUGACUCAAGCGCUGUGCAGAAUGAUUGACUGGUUGUCUUGGCCUCUGGCUCAGAAUGUGGAAACGUGGGUGAUUGCAUUGCUGAAAGGACUAGCUGCAGUCCAGAAAUUUACUAUCCUUAUUGAUGUCACUCUGAUGAAGAUUGAAAUGGUCUUCAAUCGACUUUUGUUUCCUUUAGUAAGACCUGGUGCCCUUGCUGUUCUUUCUCAUAUGUUACUUAGUUUCCAGCAUUCUCCAGAAGCUUUUCAUUUGAUUGCCCCGCGUGUGGUCAGCUUGGUUCACUCCUUCAGAAGUGAUGGCUUACCUUCCAGCACAGCUUUUUUGAUGCAGUUUGCUGAGCUGAUGCACUGUAUGAUGUAUCAUUAUUCAGGUUUUCCAGAGCUCUAUGAACCCAUUAUGGAAGUUUUUAAGGAUAUGCCCAAGCCCAGCGAGGAAAAAAUGAAGCUGAUUCUCAGUCAGAGUGCCUGGACUUCUCAAUCCAAUUCUUUGCCAUCUUGUUUAUCUAGACUUUCUGGAAAAUCUGAAACUGGGAAGACGGGCCUGAUUAACUUGGGAAACACUUGCUACAUGAACAGUGUCAUUCAGUCUCUCUUCAUGGCUUCAGAUUUCAGAAGACAUGUUUUAUCUCUGAAUCUGAAUGGUUGUAAUUCGUUGAUGAGAAAAUUACAGCAUCUUUUUGCGUUUUUGGCCCAUACCCAGAGGGAAGCAUAUGCUCCUAGAAUUUUCCUUGAGGCUUCCAGACCGCCAUGGUUCACCCCUCAAUCACAGCAGGAUUGCUCAGAAUAUCUUCGGUUCCUGCUCAAUAGGCUGCAUGAAGAAGAGAGAACUUUGAAAGCAUUGUCUUCAGCAAAGUCUGCUGAAAGUAGGAAGAAUGAAGAGUCCCAGGCACAAGAAACUGUUCAUAAAGCACAAGUAUUUGCUGAAGCACUUUGUAAGGGGAGUGAAGAAAGAACUCUCAUAGAGAGAAUGUUUGGGGGAAAACUGAAGACUACUAUAUGCUGUUUGAACUGCAAAAGCACAUCUCAAAAGGAGGAAGCUUUUACAGAUCUCUCUUUGGCUUUCUGUCCUCCGACAUCCUUGGAAAGCACUAGUGUGAAAUGUGUGGAACAUUCUGAAGUAAAAGAUGGCUCUGUGGUGCAAACUAGUACUUCAGCAACUUCUGCUGGAGAAACCCCUCUAAGUAGUUUGGAAAUCAAUGGUGGAUGCAACACAAUUACAAAUGAAGGAACCCUAAAGGAUUUUUCUGCUGAGCCAAACUCUGAGACAAAAUCUGAAUUUGACAAGGAUCAAGAUAAUAGGAAUGUUUCUUCUGUACUAGUAGGAAAAAACACCCCAUCAGUAACAGACUUAUUGAAUUAUUUUCUGGCACCUGAGAUCCUUAGUGGAGACAAUAAGUACCAUUGUGAAAAGUGUGCCUCUCUACAAAAUGCUGAGAAAACUAUGCAAAUCGUUGAGGAACCUGAAUACCUCAUUCUCACUCUUCUGAGAUUUUCAUAUGAUCCAAAGUGUCAUAUCAGACGUAAAAUCUUGGACAGUGUUUCUCUGCCACUUCUUUUAGAACUGCCAGUCAAAAGAGCAACAUCCCCUUUAGCUGUGGUUUCAGGAAGUUGGUCUGUUGAUGUUGAGAUUUCUGAUAUUGGAGAAAAUCUUGCUAAAAAACUAAAGCCCUCAGGUGCUGAUGAAGUGUCCUGCCCACAGCUGGUGCCCUAUGUGCUAAGUUCUGUGGUUGUGCACUCUGGUGUAUCCUCUGAAAGUGGGCAUUACUAUUCAUAUGCUAGAAAUGUUACUGGUUCAGAUUCUUCAGGACAGUGUCACCAGUCUAAAGCAUUCUCUUUAAUUUCUCCUCAGAAUAAGUUGUUAGCAGAGGAGAGUCCCUGUACUGUUAUAGAAAACGAGCUGGACACUGAAAUGCCAAAAGAGUGGUUUUUAUUCAAUGACAGCAGAGUGACAUUUACCUCAUUUCAGUCAGUCCAGAAAAUUACCAGUAGGUUUCCAAAGGACACUGCUUACGUUCUGAUUUACAAAAAACAAAAUAGUACCUGUGGCUACAACACAAAUUCAGCAAAUGGACUCUGGGUGAAUGGAGACCCUCCCCUACAGAAGGACCUUAUGGAUGCAAUUACAAAAGACAAUAAACUAUACUUGCAGGAGCAAGAGCUUAGUGCUCGAACACAGGCACUUCAAGCUGCUUCAGCCUCGUGCUCCUUCCGCCCCAAUGGAUUUGAUGACAACGAUCCCCCAGGAAGUUGUGGACCAGCAGGCGGAGGAGGAGGGGGUGGAUUCAGUACUGUUGGUAGAUUAGUCUUUUGACUAGGCAGAUGAUAUGGAAUACACUGGUUCUAAAGCAGCCUGGUACCACUGAGGACAAUUCAACGUUUUAACUUAUUGUACGAAGUAUUGAGACUUCAUCCUUGCUUAAAAGCAAAUGUUAAGGCUUUCUUGCUUAUGUUUUAUUUGAAAUAAAUAAGCGCAUAAUGGAAAAAGAAAAACUACCUCUUAAAAAUUCAAUUGCUUUUAUACUAAGAUAUGCUUGCCCAAAAGACAGAAAAUUGAGAUUUUUAAGUAGGUUCUAACACCACUGCAUUAAACAAAUGCGUUUACAUUAUUUUCCAUGGACCUUAUCCACCGACUGAAGCAAUUUCAUUAUGACACUGGUGACAUUGUUGUAUGUUCAGGUCCUUUCAGAUGGGUUAAACUACAUGCAUAGUCUCCCAUUCCACCUUAUUUACAAGUCUGAUACCUUUAUAAUUUCUACAGAUGAUGCAAUCAUAUAAUGAAGGCAAUAACUUAAUGUGACUAGAUACAGUACUUUUAAAAAUAUUCAAUAUAUUUGCAGUAUGAGUGUAAAGAAGAAAAAUAUAAAUAUUUGCAAAGCUAUUUUCCACAAAAGUGCAUGUUCUGUGGGAACAAUGUUUUUAAAUAGAAGUUAUUAACUUUGUAGCAUUUUUAAUUGUUUUGAGAGUUUAAAAAUUAUUUCAGGGAAUAUAUAUGCUAUGUAUUUGAAAGGAAGAGAUUCUGUAUGUGCCUUGCAGUACUGUAACUUAAAACAAGCUGAGACUGCAGAAAAGAAAGAGUAUGGUGGUGGUCAAUUUUUCUUGUCAGUGUUAGGAAUCAAGUGUUUUUCGAAAGCUAUUUGGUUGCCAGAAGUCUAAAAUUCAGUAAGUUUGUCCAUUAUCUUUGAAUCAGAGGAAUAUAAUUAGAGAGUUAUUUUCUUGGCUGCAUUGGUUAAAGAGGCUGAUCAUAAAUAUUGAACUAUACUUACGAGAUCAUAGGAAAAGGCUACUUAUAUGGAUCCUUGCUGAGGACCCAUGCUUCUAAGAGUCCUUCAAAAUUUUGCCUUCUGAUUAUUUUUUUUUUAAUUUAUUUUUUUAUUUUUUAGUGAGUAGUAGUUGAUGAGUUCAGGUUAUAAUUGUCUGCAGAAGACCAAAACGGCAUCUGUGGAGCAAUGUCUACUGGCUUGUUAGGCCAGCAUAGGUCAAGGAAACCACUCUUCUAGUCUUGGUAGAAUUAGAAACUAUGUUUUUGAUGUGCAAUGAGGAGAACAGAACUAAAUGAGUUACACUAAAUCUGGUGUUUGAUUCUUAACUUGAAUAAUCUUAUACUGAAGUGUAAAUUUAUUUAAAAUGUUUUUUAGAACAUUCUGCACUGUUUUGCUGUGUUUUUUUAUAUUCUAAGUGGCAAAGUGAAUCCUUAAAAAGCAUGCAAACCUGGCAGGUGGUAGUUUAACUGUACAAUUUUUUUUCAGAAAAUGCCUUUUCAAUGCAUAAACUAAGUUUAACUUUGUUCUUAUAGUGUUGAAUAUAUGGAUUUUAGUCCAUUGUAAGAUAUUCUAGCUUGCAAACUAUUUUUAUAUUAUCGCUAAAAUUGUUACUUGCUCUGAUGUAGUUUCAUGUGCUGCUGCUCAAGAAAGCAGUUCAACUUCAUUUCCAUUAAAUGGGUUCCAUGCUGUUUUCACUGUUGUAACUCAGCUAUGAUCCAUGUCUUCAUUGCUAUCUGAGUUGUAUUGGUGGGUUCAGCUAUGAAAUCGGAAGUGUUAUGAGACCAGCAUGAGGAAUAUUCUCAUUUAGCGUGCUUGAGUGAAGUUUUCUUGAAGCUCACUCCACCUUGAAAUUCUGUAGUUUUCAGUCUAGGAGGGUUUUUUAUUUCCUUUUAGGAUUCUCUCCCAGUUUGCUCUAGUUUUAAGGUUAAUCUGGUUUGGUUUUGGUUGUUUUGUUUUUUGACCAAAUUAUGGGAAGAACUCUCUAAAAAGCUAUUUAUGUUACAGUGGGAAUGUUGUGUCUCCUUAUGAGUUUACUGUUGAUUUUAAAACACUAAAAUGAAAAAUAGGAGCAGAUGUUUUUACUUUAUAUGAAAUCGGGCUUUUGUAAAGAAUGGUUUUGUUUUUUGCGCUCUCCAGUAAAAGUAGCCUACCUAAAAAUGUGUGGUAUGAUUUUUGUAUACCUAUUGUAUCUGUGUUUCAUGAGCUCUUAAGAAGGCUUUCUACAUUCUUGUUUGCCUAUUCUAAAUCAAAUGUUAAAUUUGAUAACUUUGUAGCAGAGUAACAACAUGGUUUAAAACUGGAAAUAUCUGAAGGUUUUUUCCACUGUCUUCUGUUGAUGCAGUUACUUUGGAUUUAUACAGCUUAGGUUUUUAAACUUAACAUAUCAUAGAAUCAUAGAAUUACUCAGGUUUGAAAAGGCCUCAAAGAUCUUUUUACAAGUUUGCCUUCUGACCUGUCAGCCCUCGCAGGCAGAUUGAUACUUCAUGUGGAAGGCUUCAGUAAAGCUAGUGGAAGUGGAGAAGUAUUUCUUCAAAAUUUACACCUUUUUCAUUGUUUACAGUAAUGGCAUUGCAUGCUCUAGACAGAUAAAGAACAGUGUACAUAUGGUACUUCAAUUUCUGUUGCCUGUGAAUGAAUGCUGGAUGAUUUGCUUAUUCUUAUUCCAUCCUUAAUUUGUUUUCCAUGUGAGCUGAAUAAGUAGAAAGAUAUAUAACAAUAAUUCUGAAAUUUAGUUGUUGUUUCAUUUCAUGAGUACCUUACUAUUGUACCAAACUUGAGGAUAGUAUGUCCUCUAAAAAUCAUAUUUCUUUUUAACAAGAUUUUAUUUUGGUCUUCGUAUCAAUGGUCAAUAGAGUUGCAUUAACUUUCUUCCAUGAAGUUGAUUUUUGUAUUGUUUUUCUUCAUGUGGACAGUUACAGUGGAUUGUCGUGAAUAUCAUGAACAUAAGAAAUGAUUACAAUAACUGAGUGUGUUUAUCCAGAAUGAGGAGAUAAAAGCCUUUGAAUAAGUAUAAAAAAAAAAAAAUCACAAUUCUGGCUAGCUUUUUUUUCUCCUUUUGUUGCCUGCUCUGGAAAGUUAAAUAUUUUAUCUGCUCUAUCUUCUGGAAGUUUCCUUUGAUGGGUGGGUUUUAACUCCAUAAUGGUAUGGAGUAAGAGUUCUUCUAGAAAUUAUAGGUGAAGAGCAAGAGAGGAAGCAUUGUGAGCCAAAUGAGCAUUAGAACAAAAAGAAGCACAAACUUUCUGUAUUUAAGUCUUAAGUUAGAAACUGCCUGAUCACUAGGAUUAAUUCCAUAACAGACAACAGACUUACAGGCAAAGUAAAGUAAAGUAUAUCUGUGUGAGAAAUUAAAUGCAGAGCAGUGUCUGAACAGUAGGCGACCAGACCUGAUACACUAGAGGUCCCCUCCUAGAACGUUGCUCUUUUGGGCUUCCUCUCUUGACAUUGCCAACCUUAUAUUUAAGACUCAGAUUAGAGGAAGCAUUUUCUUAAAUUUGUUGGAUUUUGGGCAAGCAUGUGGAUUCAGGAUAUGCAGUUCAUAUUGCAUUUUUUCCAGUGUGAUUAAUAACACUUCGAUAUUAUAUAUAUAUUUUUUAGCCAGUUGUACUGGAAUCAGGCCUGACAAAACACACAGCCUGCUGUUGUUCUCUUGGUAAGCAGCGUGCUGCCAUGUGCCCUGAAACACCUGGCAGCCAUCUUGGGCCUUUGUUGCCUUCAGCACCUCAGAGCAGCCAGUCAUGCGGUGCCCCCUGGGGUGCAUAUAAAGCUGGGCCUGGCCUCAGGGCCGCAGUAGGAGGAGCCUGAGGUGGGGCAGCGCUGUAUUCUGUCCCUCACCCCUUCAGGGAUGCCCGUGGGGAUGGAGCAGGUAGCUCUGGGAUGGACUGGCCACCUGUGAGAGAAGCACACAGGUAGGGUAGUAGUAUGUGGGGCUAUAUGAGAAGGAGGUGAUAGGGACUGUGAGGGAGAUGUGCUGGUGCUGGGUUAAAACAGGUCUACCAGAAAGGAAAGAAUGGCUCUGAUCUGAUUGACAGUCUCUGUAUGUUAUAAUGAUAUAAUCAUGUGCAUCUACCAUAACAUGACUUCAGUGUAAUUACACCAAAACAUAGAUAUUCUGUCAACAGUGCUUUGUUACCCAGGGCUAAGUCCUCCUCAACUCUCUGUGUGUGGGGGAAAGCCUGUCAAUAGGCACAUGGAAUAUACUAAUUAGUACUUGGCUUUAACUUGUCAUUUUCAAAUGACUUGCACUUCUCAGCUGUUCCAUAAAGAAUUACAGUGUUUGAUGCUUAACUCCAUAAAAGAAUGUUAUUUAACUAUUUUGCUGUGUUUUUUCAUGGUUUUGGUCUGCUCAAAUACAAAGUAUAGAAGUCUUGGGUUGCAGCGUGCCUGUUCUUAAACUUUGUUGUUGUAAAUUGGAUUAAAUAUUUAAUAAUAUUUUGUAUCUGUUGGAAAAAAAAUGUGGGGGCAAAUGAAUAUAUUAAUGUACAUUUGUGGGACUGUGUAAAGAAGUCAAUAUAUGUAUAUUUUAAAUGCCUCAGAAGGAGUUUGAAAGUAUCUAAGGGUGUAUCAUGAAAGUAUCAUGGGUGUGAUCUGGGAAGAAAGUUAUUUGAGUAAAAUAUAAUAGUGGUGGUUUUUCUUCUAGUACUGUAAAUGAUAUCUAUAAAUCUUGGCUUGAAGGAGUAUGCAGAUCCAUGAAAAAUCAGUGAAGGGUGACAGGUGGUAUUGAGCCAAAUAUGUGCAGAGGACCUGAUGUUGACAGUAGCUGAAUGUCAUGUGUUUCAGUUGCAUUAAGAUGACCAUGUUUUGCCUGAGUUGUCUUCUCAGUUCACGAUAACGAUGCUUACUAUGCUUGUUCUACCUGGGGAAAGGUGCAGCCUUGGUUCAAAUUUGUUCAGACGGAAUCAACACAAAUCACUAAUGUCAAAUAUUUGUUGAAUUGAGAUCAAACAUUACUCAUAGCUGAACUAAUUGAGAACAAACAGAAGAGCAUGCUGGUUUGUGUUAUUAGUGUGGAGGAAGAAAAAGCUGUUAACUGGGAGUAGGGUGUUGGACUUGUGGGUUUUAGGGCAGGUGUCUGCCAGGGUUCUUCAUUGGCUCACUUAAAUCUGCAGAGAUGAUUAGAUUUUUCUUUUGACAUUUACUCAAGGUCAUAACCAUCGGUUGAAAUGCAGCAGUUAUCAGUAACAAACUACUAUAAGUAAAUACUACUAUCAAUAAAGAUACUUUUCAACUUCUUA